AUGGCUCCCCAGAAACUUCGUGUCGGUAUCGCGGGCCUUGGGCGAAUGGGCAAGCGCCAUGCAAACAACUUCCAUGAGCUCACUCCUCGUGCAAAUGUGGUAGCUGCGAGUACCCCUGAUGCGGUUGAACGUGACUGGGCAGCGGAGAACCUCCACGGAAUACAAAUUUUUAAGGAUUACGAUGAUAUGCUUGAAAACGCUGAUCUGGAAGCUGUCGUUGUUGCCAGCGUCACCGCUGUGCAUGCAGAGCAAGCUCUCAAGGCAAUAAGGAAGGGUCUUCAUGUUCUGUGCGAGAAGCCAUUGAGCAUUGAUGUCAACAUAGCCAGAUCCGUCCUCUCUGAAUAUGAACAGUCACUCAAAAAACAUCCCCAGCAGAAAGUGAUGUGCGGCUUCUCCCGUCGUUUCGAUGCAUCAUAUCGUGAAGCCUAUGAGAGAGUCGAGAAGAACGAAUUCGGACCCCCAGUGCUCUUUCGUUCCCAAACGGCAGAUAUGCAUGAUUCAUCCGGAUUCUUCGUUGAAUACGCGAAGACAAGCGGUGGUAUUUUUGUAGAUUGCUCCAUCCACGAUAUAGACCUCAUGCUCUGGUUCCUGGGUGAGAAGCGUCAAGUCAAGAGUCUACAAGCGGUCGGUGUAGUCAGCGUCCAUCCAGGACUAGAACUUAGCAACGACCGGGAUAACGCAAUCGCCACUGUGGAGUUUGAGGGUGGUAAAAUAGCCGCUUUGUAUUGUUCGCGAAUGAUGGCGGCCGGACAGGAAGAUACUUCGGAAAUAAUUUGCGAGAAGGGCUCCGUGAGAGUAAACAUGCAAGUGAGAAAAAAUCACGUCGAAAUCCAUGACUCACUGGGGGCCAGACGUGAGCUGCCACGGCAUUAUUACGAGCGAUUCCGGGAGGCGUUCAUCACCGAGGCAAAUGAGUUCACGGCAUGUUGUUUGGAUGAUACCCAGCCUCCGAUAAGCCUGCAAAGCUCAGUCAAAGCUGUUUUUCUUGGUCAGCAAUUACAGCGAAGUUUGAUUAGUGGCGAGAAGAUCUACUUUGGUGAGAGAUCCAUCAAGAUUUAG